GCCGCUCCUGUUCCAGCAUGUGUGUCGCCAAACCGCAGCGAGAUAGCCUCGCCAGCACCGCUGCUGCCCGUGCCCACGCUGAGCAAGACGGAUCCGCCGUUGCCGCAAGUCGCCCGCCGAGCCCAGCCCGUCGUCAGUUUGAUCAGGCCCGACGAAGCGGCCGUGCUGUUUGCGCCCACGCCGCCAUCCGGAUUGUGCAUCAGCACAUUGCCGCUCGUGAAGCUAUUGCUGGACACGCCCACAUCGCCGCCCACGCCGCCCGCAGCGGUG